CAACACCAUGCUGCAUUCGUUUUUUCUCUCCGUCCUCACGAAUUAGAACUUACUUCAGAAAAUGAUCACGGUAGCGGAGUCUGCGGGCUACGGGAGGCAAGAGAAAAGCAGAUUGAAAUAAAACCCCGAGAUGCCGUGUGCCGUCGCGCCUCAGAAACCUUUGCGAAGCUGUUUGGGCACGAGAUCUUGAGAAGCUGUAUCCCUGAUCUCCAGGAGCGGACUGUGUGAGUGAGUGAGUGAGUGAGUGAGUGUGUGUGUGUGUGUGUGUGUGUGAGAGUGAGUGCGUGUGUACGCGCAUGUCUGAGCGUGUCUGAGCGCACGUGCGAGUACAUGCGUGUGAGCGAGUCGUUGAGCGUGCACGUGUGAGCGUACGUGCACGCACGCGUGUGCGUGAGCGUGUCGAUGAGCGUGCCCGUGUGAGCGUAUGUGCGGGUGCGCGUGUGUGAGAGUGUGAGUGUGUGUUUCGGCACUCCCCCAUGGCCUCCAUGCAGGACGGACUGAACCUCAGCACUCCUCCGUAUGGAAAGGUCCUGGUGCUGGGGGCCAUCGCCGCAGCCUCUGCCUUCGUUGUCACCAUCCUCAUCGUCCUGCUAUGUGUGGGCUGUCAGAGGAAGGGGAAGUCCCACAAUUCCCCAUCAGAAGGGACCAAGCACAGGAUCAUGGACAUGAGUAUACUCAGACAGUCCAAACUGCGUUCCAUCAAGGCGUCUAAGAACCGGCCAGCCAGCAUGGACCUGCUGCUUCUGCCCAGCCGCCGGUCCAACUCCGACCUGCGGGGGGCGCAGUCGCGGCAGCUGCCCCAGAUCCCCACCACGCCCGGCGCCGACCGCGACCACACCUACUCCGAGGUGGGCGGGCGGGGCUCCCCGCCCCGUUGCCAGGACGACGCGCUGUACGAGAUGGUGGGGCGGGCCGGCGAGACGGACACGCCCGCGCCCCCGGCCCCCGCCAACACGCCCGCCCCCCCCAGCCCGCCGCCCGCCGAGAUGAAGGCCGGCGGGGGUAACGGCCUGCCGGGGGGGAACGGGGCCCCCCUGCCGGACUCUGCCAUGGGCCCCCAGGAGCCCGUCUCCGCUGAGUACGCCUGCAUACGGAAGGUCCGCAAGGUGGACAAGGUCCCCGAGCCCGACCCGCUCAGCGCCCCGCCCCCGCACCCCCUCAGUCAGAAGGUCCCCAGGAAGCACGUGGAGCCCUUCCACCUGCACUCCUUCCCCAAGGAGCCUGUGUUCAUGGGUAAUGGAGAACAGUACAUAUGGAAACCUCCAGAAGAUGAUGACAUGGCCAUGUUCCCGCCCAAACACAUGGGCCCCCAGGAGGUAGAGGCUGGAACACAGACACAGGUCAGUUUUACAGGCGUUUCCGACAUGUAUUCCAAAGUGUGUAAACCCCUGAAGAAGAAGCGCGCGGUGCCCGGGUCGCCCCCUGCUGGCAGAGACAACAACGGGCACAGGACCCUGGCGCGGGGGUGCGGGGGGGCCGCGGAGCGGGAGGGCGGGGGCGGGGGCGGGGCGGGGUUCAGCGUGGUGGUGAAGCCCCAGUCCUGGGCCACGGGGGCCCAGCAGGAGGGGGGCCGGUGUGCCGAGGACCCCUGCUACGAGUCCAUCUCCGGGGAGAAGGCCUGGCCCCCGGGGGACCCCACCUGCACGCAGGAGGCGGAGAGCGUGGGCUGGAAGAGGGAGCGGCCGCCCCUGCCCAACACGGCCGCCACCCUGCGGCCGCGCAAGAAGGACAAGAAGCCCCCGCCCCCGCCGCCGCAGAAGAGCCUGCCCAACAAGGCCCUGGCGCCGGAGAACUUGUACGAGAGCAUCGGGGACCUGAAGCACGGCGCCGCCAGCUCCAGCACCACCACCAUCUUCACCUUCAACGACGGCAUGGAGAUGUACGUCACGGGGCUGUAG